AUGGGCCAUAUAGAGAAACUUAAGGAGGAGAAUGAGAACCUUAUUGACACAAUUUCCAAGCAUGUAGGCGAAUACCUUAAAGCUAAUGUUGUUGAUGAGCAGAUUCCAGCUCCGCAAUUGCAUCCUGAUGACAACUUGGUGGUUGAUGUGUUGCCAUCAGGAAUUAUGAACAAUCUUUGUGAAACCGCAAGGCUAAUGGUUGUCAAUGGAUUUGAGAAGGAGUGCUGCAAUAUGUACAGCAGUUGCAGGAGGGAGUUUCUAAAACAGUGUUUAUCAUCACUUGGUUUGCAAGUGGAGGAGCUCAACAUGGAGUACAUUGACAACAUAAUGGAGAAGAUUGAGAUUUGGAUAAAAGCUUUGAACAUAGCUGUGACCAUACUGUUUCCUAAUGAAAGGAGACUCUGUGAUGUUGUCUUCCGGUUAGCUUCUGCCUCAGAUUUUUCUUUCAAGGAGGUUUGUAAGGAAUUAACUCUUGAUCUAUUAAGAUUUGUGAAUACCUUAGCAACUGAGAAUCAUUCUCCUUAUCAUUUAUCCCAUGUCAUUCCCAAAGUGUUCAAGACUUUUAGUGAUCUGAUUCCAAAUUUCAAUUCAUUUUUUUCUGGUCAAUUGUUCAGUGAAUCACUGAUAAAUGAAGCACUUCUGGUUGGGAAGAGAUUGGGCAUUUUUGUGGAGUUGGAGAGUCUUAUUCGCCGAGAUAUGGCGCAGGCGACUACUCCCGGCGGCGAGCUUCAUCCAACAACAUUCAAAGUGAUGGACUAUCUCAGAGAUGUUUUCACUGAUAGCAAGAGUUUUCCUAUUAGAGAGGGAAAAUCUCCAUUUUCUGAUCAGGUAGCCAGGAUAAUAGUGCUGUUAGAGAGCAAUUUGGAAGCCAAGUCCAAAACCUACACUGACCCUGCAUUAGGCUAUGUUUUCAUGAUCAAUAAUUUGAUUUUUUUACAACAUGGGGGAAGUAUAUAUGGAGUCAUUUUUGGCGAAGAUUGGUACAUAGAAAAGAUCAAACAAAACAUUGAACUAUAUCAAAGAAGCUCGUGGGAUAAGAUCUUGGAUUUUUUGAAGCUUGACAGCUAUGAGUCAGAGUCAAUGAAAGAAAAGCUCAAAUUGUUCAAUUUGCACUUCAAUGAGACAUGCAAAGUUCAGUCUGGAUGGUUUAUCUUUGAUGAGUUGCUAAGGCAACAUAUAAUAAAAUCAAUAGAAAACAUGUUAUUGCCCACAUAUGGAAACUUUCUUGGGAGGUUUCAAGAUGUUGUUGGUAAGGAUGCUUAUGACUGUAUUGAGUAUGGAAUAAGCCACAUUCAAGAUCGACUGAGCCUCUUGUUUCUUGCAAGUAAUUGA